UAGAGGAGAGUUUUAACUUGCAGGCAACUCACGACAUAUUGGAGUAUGGCAUAUGGAAAGAAAGCUUAUAUAAAUAUGACCACUUCUCCUUCCCCGGUGUAGUCCCAAGAACGUUUAUCGGACCUCUACUCCUCGGAGGAGCUGCAUAUCCAAUAGUGGCAGUGUCAAAAUGGUUUAACCCUAGCCUACAGAAAUUAUGGAUACAAUACCUUGUUAGAAUUAUACUUGGGCUGUCGACCGUAUUUGCAAUGUCGAAACUCAGAGGAGCGAUUAAGAGAUCUUUUGGUCAACCUAUCUCGAUAGGAUUUAUGUUGCUUUCGAUGUGUCAAUUUCAUACUAUCUUUUGGAUAAGCAGAACGUUACCUAAUAUGUUUGCCUUCCCGCUAA